AUGUCAUGUUCAUUUAAAGCUCGUGUAAACCAACUUUGGUCUAUAUGGUACACUGUCAUAGUGGUACUUCUACAGACUUACUUAAUUUAUCUUGGUUUCGAACGUUACCGAUUAUAUUCGGAAAUGAAAUGGCCACACGGUGCCUAUCCAAGCCAUUGGUUAAGCGUUUAUGUUAUACUGUAUUCUUCAUGCAUACCUGCUUUACUACUGUUUAUGGCAUUUGGAAUAUUCAAAUCUGGCAAUAUUGCUGGCGAUAAUGAUCGACUUGGCGCUCGAAUUGAUCGUAUCAUUGAAAUUACACGGAGUUCACAUGGAUAUAACGGAGGAGGAUGCUUAUUUUUGCGAUGCAUCAAAUCACUGUGGCAACAUGCACCACCGCUGCCACAGCUUAUUCAUCUAUUGAUGGCGCUUUUUCAAUUAUUCGCCCAACAAGUGAUGUUGUCACAACUUUAUCGAUAUGGCUUCAUCAACUCCGGUGAUUUUUUGAACACAGAACUUGAUUUCGUGUAUCAGCGUUCCCGGCAACUAGCAACAAAUUUGCCGAUGCUCGAUAGCCGAUUGCAAGGUUUUCGUAUAUCAGCACAGGAUUUGACUGCUACACCAAUCAGUCCUAAUUUAUUACCAAUACUGAUGCAUGCUCGUUUGUUUGGAAUACCGCUGGAAUUUGUCAAUUUACUAAUUGCACUAUUCGCCUACACGUGUGUUUAUUCAGCAGUUUUCUGGCAUACCAAUAAACCGUUUAGUUUCAUAUUUUCCCUUCAUUUGUUGAUUUAUUCGGCGACAGUAAUUUGGUCUUAUCUUGGGUUUAGUGUUCUUCAUCGCGUACAGGAAACGAACUAUGCUAGUGUCCGACCGGUUGGUCUCGGACAGUAUUUGAUCUCUUCACGUCCGUUAAAAAUUUAUCAUCCAUUCGCAGUUAUUAUCACCUAUGUUACGACAAUUAUACUUAUUAGUAUUGCACCCAUUGCAUUGUAUAUGUAUGGUUAUAGUAAAUAUUUCAUAAGCAUGUCAAAUGUGCGGCAAAAAAGUGCCUUUCGAAGUCAGGCGAGUAGUAUUAAUGGUGCUCAGAGUGAAUAUUCAGAAUAUCGUCUCCGAAGCUCAUCCAAGCUGCCACAAACUAGAUUAUGCUGCGAUGGAUAUGCACCUCACAUAUUUGCAAUAAUUUUACUUGUUUUAAUUGUUAUCGCCAAAGCUCCAACCAUGUAUGCGCAUAUGGUGAUCUAUCAGCAUGAAGAAAAAGCGCUAUUGUUAUCGUGCAUCGUUAUUGAUAUUGUUUUCCUCUUUGCGUGGAUUAUUGUCUGGCUUAUACUUACACUUAAAAGAGAUUGGAAUUUUAAAGUUGUUUUUCAAGUGCAUGAAAUUAUUGCUCUUCAAAAUGGGCCUCAAACAAUGAUUGCUUCGCCCAUAAAAAUCAUUGAAAAAAAACCAUCCGAACUAAAAAAUGCAUUGAUAUUAAUGCAUGGUGAUCAGAUAUAUCUUACGGAUGAUACUAUAGCUAAAAAGUCAUUAUUACGGCAAAUACAGAAGAAUGGAUUUGGUACAGUAAGCGAAGGGAUUUACUGGUUAAAAGGAAAUAGUACACAAUCACCCACAACGAGGAGACUCCCACCAGAAAGCGUGAAAGGAACACCGGAAAUGAAUCGGCUUCUCGGUACAUCCACAACUCGCCGGCGAAGUAGCGAUGAGAACUCGUCACCUACUGUUGCCUAUCAUACGAUUGCUCAUACCAAACAGCCACAAAUAACGCAUCAAUCACAGCAACGGAUUAUAAUGAAUGUUCCCAAAUAUUCCAGUGAAGCAAAAGUUUCGGCAAAUGUAACGGUACCCGGGAAUACAUUUGGAACAUUCCAGCGAACUCAACGAUCAGAGUAUACAUCCAGCAGCAAUCGGCAAAUGAUGCAAAAUUCCCGAAGACCAUCACUGCAAAAUUCAAUGAAUGCAUGUAAUGGAAGCAGCGCUUCAGACAGCACACCUUUGACGCAACAGGAGGCAUAUGCUUCAAUUCAUAAAAACCGGACUGAACAGACGGAAACAACAGUGACAGGAAAACGUGGUUCUAAAGAUGACGGAGCAGUUAACAAUGGGUUUGGAAAUGCGAGUCUUUCAUACGGAGCAUAUGCAACGUAUGGCCGACCUCAGACUCGUGCUUUUCAGAAUCAGCAGUUGAUGCAACAAGCUGCUGUUCAAGUUGCUCAGGCAGUUCAAACCAAUCGAAAUAUGGGCACUAUUUACAACAGAACACAGACUAAUAAGUCGCAGAAUAUUGUCAUGGAUAGUGGGCCAACAUCUUCAGUAUUUUCUAUACGAAGUAGUCCCGUUGCUGAAAAUCGUUUGGGUAUGCGAACAUCUAUUUCCAGCAGGGAACAUUCACCGUAUCAAAGGACUUCCAACUUAAAAUUAUCAUCAUUCAAUAGCGUUACUCCGACUAUCGAUUCAUAUAAAUUAAUUGGUGCCCAGCAACAGCAACAGCAGCAGCAGAGCUCUGGUGCUGGAUCCAUCCAUGGAAACCGGUCACAGCAGCGGCAAACUUCACAGAUCUCUCAACCGGUGGAUUGGGCAAAUCCCUCAUCAUAUGAUAAGGCUGCAUCGGCAGCCAGUACAAUUCAGCAAGAACAAUGUUUCACGCCCACAUCGACGCUAACUAGUCAAGGUAGUGCAAGUAACUAUUCGUCACAACGAGCACCGACACCAGGAUCGCCCAAUUCACAAAAUGUUUACGGUGGCGGACGAUUCGUAAGUAGCGGUACAACUGGUACUGGUAGUCUGUACGGUAAUUUUGGUCCUGAUCGUGGUACAUCACAUAUGGAGGGUAAUGAUCGAGAUCGAACGCUCAGAGCUCAACAGCAACCAACAAAAUCACUGCGUACCACAAUUGCUACUGGCAGUACCUCAACACGGCAUCAGAUUAAGACUAACAUUGGUGGUUCGCGUCAAGAUGACUCAGCUAAUUAUAGUUUAACAUCCAGUAAUGAAUCCGCAGAAAAUGCUCGUCUCAGUGGCCAAACAAAUCGCAUUAUGGAUUCAGCUGAAUUUGCGACCAGUAUUGUUUGA